CAAAUUUAUUGUCUUGGUCUUUGAAUUUGAGUCUGAGUUGAGGAGCCAAGAAGAGGAUGUCGGGUAUGGGUGACGGGUACGUGGGCACCGCCCAAGACGCGGUGAGGAUUCGACGGUUGGAGAAGCAGAGAGAAGCGGAGCGUCGCAAAAUCCAAGAACUCAAAACCAAGUCUGCCUCCGCCAAGGGCCAACCCGGUCUCCUCCAAUUCGGUUCCAGCACUUCCGAGAUUCUAGAGACCGCCUUCAAAAAAGAAACCGUGGGUUUGGUCACCAGAGAGCAGUAUGUGGAGAAGAGGGUUAAUAUUCAGAGCAAAAUAGAGGAAGAAGAGAAGGAGAAACUUCAGAAGCAGCAGCAAGAGGAGGAGGAGCUUCAAUUAGAAAAGCGUAAAAAGAGGAAGAUCAAGGGCAAUUCUCGACUUUCCUUUGCUGAGGAUAUUGAUAGUGAAACCCAAGAGGAGGAGGAGGAGGAACCACGUCUUAAUAAUCUGGAAGCCAAUAGGUUAAGGCGUGGUAAACUUGGUAAAGAUCCUACUGUCGAAACUGGCUUUCUACCUGACAGUGAGAGAGAGGCUGAGGAGCAAGCAGAGCGGGAAAGGCUGCGGAAACAGUGGCUCCGUGAGCAGGAGCAAAUCCGAAAUGAACCUCUUGAAAUCACUUACAGCUACUGGGAUGGAACUGGUCACAGGCGUGUGAUCCAGGUACGCAAGGGUGACAGCAUAGGAGAGUUUCUUCGUGCAGUUCAACAGCAGCUUGCUCCUGAAUUCCGAGAGAUUCGAACAACUUCCGUAGAAAAUUUGCUAUAUGUGAAAGAAGACCUUAUCAUUCCACAUCAACAUAGCUUCUAUGAGCUAAUUGUGAACAAAGCUAGAGGCAAAAGUGGGCCGCUUUUUCAUUUUGAUGUGCAUGAAGAUGUACGAACAAUUGCUGAUGCCACUAUAGAGAAGGACGAGUCACAUGCUGGUAAGGUUGUGGAAAGGCACUGGUAUGAAAAGAACAAGCAUAUAUUUCCUGCUUCAAGAUGGGAGAUAUAUGACCCAACAAAGAAAUGGGAACGUUAUACUAUCCACGGAGAUUGAUUUGAGGAUGCCGUAUCGCUUGCAUUUGCUGAAUUUACCUUUAAUUUGAUCAUCAGAUGAGCAUCUGCACUCCUUUGUGUUUCUUUGUUUCAUUGUAAAGACUUGGACCAUUAGUUCAGGGAAUUUGAGCGUGUUUGUCUUGUCAAAUACGUUCUAAUUUAUUUUUCUGUCUUAUUUUUCUGUUUGAUAGUUAGCUUAGUUUCUUAGAUGCAUAAUGCAUCGUUCUCAUGAUUCAAUAGCUGAGCAAUAGACCCAUGUAUUGCAUCUGUUAUUGCAGGCCAUUAAUCUCUCGUACACAAUUCAAUAGUUGUAGCAAAAAUAGUGUAUCGAUAAAAAUAUAUAUCUUAUCAAGAUUCUACUA